AUGAUGACAACUACUAAUGAAUAUUGUUCAUAUUGUCAAUCAUCAUCAUCAUCAUCAUCAUCUUAUAUACCUCUUCGUUCAACAUGGGCAAGAGCUGUUUUAAAUAAAAUACAAAAUGAUAAAUGUUUAAAAAAUAUCAAUCGAAAUAAAUGGUAUCGUUUAUCACAUCAAAAUCUUUUAUAUGAUGAAUAUCGAAAAUAUUUUCAUGAAUUUUAUGAAGAUGAAGAAACAAUUGCAUUUAUUAAACAAAGUGAAAAAAAAUCUGAUAAUAUUCCUUUACAAAUUAUUCAUAGUAUCUUAACAUCAUUAUUAACACUUUUUAUGACAAGAACAUCAGCAAAUGGUUUAAUUGGUCGUGGACGUAUGUUUGUAUAUUCAAAAGAUCAAUUUAAAACUUUACUUGAUAUAGAAUCUCAUGAAGAAUCUCCAUUUAAUACUCUACUUGAUAUUGGUGCUGGUGAUGGUUCAGUAACUGAACGAAUGUCUAAACUAUUUAAAAAAGUUUAUGUAACUGAAUUAUCUUCUACAAUGCAAUGGCGUUUAUCAACAUAUGGUUAUACAGUAUUAAAUACGGAUUAUUGGAAUAAUUUAACAUUUGAUGUAAUAACAUGUUUAAAUGUUCUUGAUCGUUGUGAGAAACCAUUAACAUUAUUAAAACAAAUACGUCAACAUUUAAAUCCUAAAAAAGGUCGUUUAAUAAUAAGUCUUGUUUUACCAUUUCGACCAUAUUUUGAAUAUAAUAAUAAUAAUAAUAAUAAUAAUAAUAAUAAUCAUUAUCCAAAUGAAUCAAUAGAUAUUCAAGGUAUUUUACCUGAAGAACAAAUUAAUAGUUUUCUAUUAAAUAUUAUUCAACCAUUAGGUUUUCGUUUAAAAAAAUUAACACGUUUACCAUAUUUAUGUGAAGGUGAUAUUGAAAAAAGUUAUUAUUUUCUUUUUGAUUAUUUAUUUAUUAAUUUACAUAUAAUGAGUAGUAGUAGUUCAUUUGAAGAUAAAUUAAAAGAUUUAAAUUUAUCUAAUGAUGAAUUAAAACGUUUUUCUGAUGCAUUUCAAAAUGAAGAAUUUCGUAAAUUAUUUGUUGAAUAUGCUGAAGAAUUAAAUGAUCCAAAAAAUCGUGAAUUAUAUGAAAAAGAAAUUCGUGCUGUUGAAGAACAACGUGGUUCAGAUGUUACAUUUAUACAUCCUAAACCAGGUCAUGUACUUAAAACAAUAAUAAAUAAUAAAACAAAAUGUUUUAUUAAUAUAGCAACAAAUGAAAAUGUUGAUAAACCAUCAUAUAAUAAAACUAAUGAUAUAAAUGGUAAAUCAGGUGUACAAUGGAGUUUACCACAUUGUUUAGCUGGACCACAUGAAGAUAUUGAUCAUGAAUCAAAAUCUUGUACAGUUUAUGAUGUUAUUUUUUCUCCGGAUACAUAUCGAAUGGCAGAAACAAAUGAAAAAUUUAUGAAAAUGGUUGAAGAUUCAGCAUUAGAUACAAUUGAAAAUAAUUUUCAUUGUAAACUUGAUAGAAAUAAUAUAAAAAUAUUAAAAAUGAAAUUUAAAGGUAUACCAAAAGCAACUAUACUUAGAAAAAAAAAAGAAAAUCAACAAGAACAAGAAAUUAAAAAUGAUACUGAAAAUGAACUUAAACAAGAGACUGAUGAUAUAAUUGAAAAAGCUAUAUCAAAUUCUCAACAAAAUCAUAAAGUCGUUUUAUCAAGUCAUAAUCGUACUGUAAAUUCUCCUCCACCACCACCAACAACAACUAAUCUAAAUCCAUCUGAAACAAUGAAACCAUGUACAGAUGAAAAUGGUUUUACUAUUCCAACAUAUCGAAUAAUUCAUCGUGGUGAAUUUGAUAUGCAAGAUUGUACACAAUCUCUUGUAACACAAGUUCGUUCGAUGCGUCCAAAAGAAUUAAUUAUUGAAAUUGAUCUUCCAUUAUGUGCAUCAUCGAGUAAUGUUGAUUUAGAUGUAUGUGAACGUUCACUUAAACUUCAUUGUAAUUCACCAAAAUAUUCUCUUGAUCUUCAUUUACCUUAUCCAGUACGUGAAAAUGAUAGUCAUGCACGUUUUGAUAAAAAACAACGAAAAUUAAUUGUUACAUUAGUUGUUAUUAAAGAAACACCAUUAAUUAUUGAUGUUAAUACAAAUAUUGAUAUGGAAGAUUCAAAUGAAGAAUCAACAGAAAUAAUUCCAACAAUAACAACUAAUGAAUCAGUAACAUCAAUUGAAAAAUUUCCAACAAAUAUAACUUAUUCAUCCAUUCCAUUUGAAUAUAAACAAGGUUUAGCUCAUGUAGCAUUAGUUUUACAUGUUAAAAAUAUUGAUAAAACAAGUUUUAAACUUGAAAAUGAUGGACAACAUAUAACUAUUCAAUUAUCAUCAUUAGGUUCAGGUUUUUAUCCUUUAUAUCAUCAACUUUGUCUUGAUUUUGAUGAACCAAUGGUAUUUGAUACAACAGAAAAUUCAUCAACAAUUAAAUUUAAUGAUGAUAAUGUUUUAAUACUAUUAAAAAAAACUUCAAAUGAUAAACAAUUAACUCAAUUUUCAAGUAGUACUAAUCGAGAAGAUAUGCAGAUCAAUUAUUUUACUGUUCCAAUUCCUGUGGAAAAAACAGAGUCAUUACCAAAAUACACAAUGACAAAAGAAGAUUUUAUUAAAUCUGAUUCAUCUUCAUCAUCAAAUACUGAUCAACAUAAAAAAUUAACAAAAAAACAAGCUAAAAAAAUGGCAAGAGAAAAUCGAAAAAAACAAGAACCAACAGAUGAUAAUCAACAACUUGUUAAUGAAAUUUCCAAAAUAACACUUCAAUCAAAUCAUAAUGAAAAAAAAUCGGAUGAUACGAAUAAUGAUAAUAAUAAUAAUAAUAAUAAUAAUAAUAAUCGAAAAAUUACCUCCGAAGAAAACGAUGAUAAUUUACCAGAUAUGCCAAAAGUUAUUCCACGUUCAUCAAUGUAUCGUCGACAUAUGUCGGAAUCACAAGUUGAUCUUGAAGUUUCAUCUAAUGGAAAAUUUAAACUUAAAGGUAUAUUAAAAAAUUCAACAAAAUAUCGUUCAUUAUCAGAAUCAUUAAAUGAUCCAUUUAUUAAUAUAAGUACUGAAUUUCAACGUGAAGAAUCUGUAUUUGAAGCAUCUUCAGCAGUCGAUGAUUUAACAAGUAGUAAUGAAAAUAAUAGUAUAGUAACAUCACCAGAUAGUAGUGGUAGUAAUAGUUUUUGUCCAACAUCAAAUUCAUCUGGUAAUGUUAAACAUGUAACAUUUAAUAAUCAAGUAUCAAGAAAAACAUUUAAACCAGGUGGACCAGUUUCGGGUAUGAAAAAAUUAUCAUCAAAUCAACAACGAAAAUUAAAAAAACGUAAACGACAAGAUUCUCUUAAUUCUCAAUCAAGUGAUCAAGAUGAUUCCAUUAAUGAAAAAAAUAAAACUAAACAAUCUGAUACUUAUAAAAAUCCUAUUGAAUUUCAAGAUGUUAUUGCUUGGCAAGCAAGUGGAUCUCAAUCAAAUAAUAAUGACCAUACAGAAGAAACAACAACAACAACAACACCAACUACUAAAUCAGCUGUACGAUUUACAAAUCCGCUUAUAUUUGAAUUAGACAAUUAG